GAUAUGCGUUGGGGCACAAACCAGCAGACGGGCAAAUUAUCAAGUAACACUGGUGUUAGAUUUCUGAACUCAGCAUGUCAGCUUGCAUCUAGAGAAAUAAAUGUACAAUUGUAUAAUUAAUAAAAGCGAAUACCGGAUCAUUUCUGUACAAGUGAAGAAGCCGGUUAACUCGAUGUAAAUGUCGUAUUUCCGCUUAAAACCUGCAACACCGGAAGAUGCAGCAUGACCGAGCCAAGGCUGUUGUUUAUAGGUAGGCUACUUAACGACUGCAUUACUUGGGUUUCUUAGGUUCCUUCGUACGAACGAAUGCGCUGCCAGUAAAAUAUAAGAGUUUUAGGGAGCUUUAAAUGAUUGUUUAGUACGUGCGUACCUGUUGUUCUAAGACUCUGUAAUAUUUAUGUUAUUCAAUGUUGUUUUGACAGAUAUUGAACCCAAAUCAAACAACUCUGCUCCUGUUGAGGGCAGAUCUGAGAAACCUCUCUGGACGCGCACUGACAACACCUUCAGAUUUAAUUUCCUCCCUGAUAGCUACACAUCACAUCAAGAGGAAACAUCACCAUCUUCCAGCUCUGAACCAGCAGCCAGUCACAUCUCAUUCACAGGACAGGGCUCUGCUUUUGCUUUCAACUUUAAGAUACCUUCUGAUACACCAGUAGAAAGCAUGGAGACAUUGGAGACUCUUGGCGCAUCAUUACCAGACAGCCAACAGGACAAGUCUCUGUCACUGCAGGAGGUCAGCUCUCCAUCUGAAUCAUCAGGACACUCAAAAGCAAAGAAGAAGAAAAACCGAAAGAAAAAUCCCUCAAAUAGCUCAGAGACGCAGCAGAAGUCCAGUCCAGAGGAGGGGAGUAAAGAGGGCGAGGACACAGAGCUGGUCAGUGUUGAAUGUUGAAGUUAUCUCAGUUAUUUGCAGUUUGUUUGCUAAAUAAAAUGCUGUAUUGUUUCUAGAGUGCAGAGGAGCAACUGAACAGACAGCUCGACUGGUGUAUUGAGCAGCUGGAAUUGGGGAUGAAGUCUCAGAAAGGAACACCGAAACAGAGUAAGAUGUUAAAUAGUGUGCCACAUUGAUAUCAGAAUAAAGUUACUUUGAGGUUUGAAAUACUAACUAUUUUUCCAUGCAGAAGAGGAAGCUUCUCGUGCUCUGAAGACUCUGCGGAGCUCCAAAGCUCCUCUGGUCAAGAAGAGGCAGGUGAUGAGAGCCAUGAUCGGAGAUUAUAGGAAGAAAAUGGAGGAAGAGAAGAGCAAGCAGUACAAACUCAUUCAGAGUGGUGAGUGGGUUCUAGCAAUGUCCAUUCUUUAAAAGAGCCACUUUGACGUGACUGUAAAAAUACUCUUUAUUUAUUUUUACAGAGAUUGCAUCAGCUGGGGUCAAAGUUGUGCCAGAACCUACAAAGAGGAGUGUGUUCCACCGGAAGGCAGAAGUCAAAGCGAAGGAUACGGACGUGAAAGCACAGAGUGAAGAGCAAAUGUCAUCAGCUUUUGUCUUUACGCCUUCAAAGGAGGAGUUUCACUUUAAUUUCUUCUGAUUUGCACAUUCAUGAUAAAGUGUGCUGGACACUGUUGGCACAACCAAACAACUGCAACCAAAAUUAGGGACUGGGCUGGAGGGAAUAAUAACAAAAUACUCUGUAUUUGCUGACUAUCUGUACAAUAUUCUAGAAUAAAAGUUGUUUGUUUUAUCAAAA